GUCAAAAGGUCCAUUUGCAGCUGUUGAUUUGGUUGCUUCUCGGUCAAUGUCACUUAUCAUUUUGUCUCACAAAAUUGAGUUUAUUCCUGAGCAGUUGCAUUUAGGCUGAUGAUGUGUUGCAUUGAGAAAUAUCCUGAUGAACCAAUGUUGACACGUAAUAAGUGUGUAUAUCGAGUUGAGAAAGAUGUCAAGUUGGAAGUGAUUUAUCACUUGAAGAAAUAUAUCAUUGUCACUAUUGACACACAACGGCCACUUCAUGAAAUUGCAUCUCUGUGUACAGACAUCCGUCUGUUUAUCACUAAAAAGCUGCAUGAAGUGAAGACACCAGGGUUGUCUCGUUUUCAGUUUUCAUUGAAUAUUCAACAUCCCGGACCAGCCAUUCCUGUUGAUGUGAACAAGUUGGUAUGUAUAAACAAGUAUAUACCAAGUGAGGACACAACAUUGAGAAGAAACAAAAGCAGGGUCGAUGUCAAUCUGGAUCACAAUGAGAGAGCUGCAUUAGACUGUUGGUUUUAUGAAGAGAAAGAUGAUGUAAGCUUACCAGGAAAGACACAACAACAGUGACUGACAUUACGAACCAUGCACCAGCAAAUGUACAGCCAGUGAUAUUGUGAAAGUUGCUAAGAAAAUUUGUCAUUGUUGGCAAGAACUUGUGUUGAAUUUGUCAGCUUUCAUAGACAAGACAGAGAUGAUUGAAAAUGAUAUCAGAGAUAAUUGCAACAGACAAGCUGUAAAGGCUUUGCAUAUGUGGACUAAUGAAUUUGGUGACGAAGCCAACCAGGCAGCAAUGA